UAUCUCCGUAUCACAGAACCGCGCAUCUCUUCAAGCUCAAGUUCAGUGAUCGGACUGCCGCCGCCUGUAGUCUUGAAAAUGGCCUCUGAAGUCUGGCUGCUGCCUUCACUCUCCCAUCGCUAUGCUGCUCGCCCCCUUCUUCCCACUCUCCCCUCACGUACUCUCCGCUCCUCCACUCGACAGUGUUCACCAAACCUUACUUUUCGCUCUCACCACAGGAAGCGCCGUAAGCUGUUCCGUCUGCACCCUAGAGCCGCAGAACAGCAAGGUCAGGUCCAAGGUGAUGAAGUCGUUGAUGGCAAAAUUUUGCAGUAUUGCAGCGUAAGCAAGAAAGCGGAGAAGAGGACAAUAGGGGAGAUGGAGCAAGAGUUUCUGCAAGCACUGCAGGCGUUCUAUUAUGAUAAUGAAGCCAUUAUGUCAAAUGAGGAAUUUGAUAACCUCAAGGAAGAAUUGAUGUGGGAGGGAAGCAGCGUAGUCAUGUUGUCCUCCGAUGAGCAAAGGUUCCUGGAAGCGUCGAUGGCUUAUGUGUCGGGAAAUCCGAUUCUUUCAGAUAAAGAAUUUGAUGAAUUGAAGCUUAGGCUUAAGCAACAAGGCAGCAGGAUUGUACAAGAAGGUCCACGAUGUAGUCUCCGAAGUAGAAAGGUCUACAGUGAUUUAACAGUUGAUUACUUGAAUGUGCCGGCAGCUGUUAUUGCGUUAACCCUGUUUUUCUUUCUUGAUGAUUUGACUGGUUUUGAGAUUACCUAUCUUCUGGAGCUUCCGGAACCAUUCAGCUUCAUUUUCACUUGGUUUGCUGCUUUGCCUCUAAUAUUUUUUUUGGCUCAAUCAAUUACCAGUUUCAUUUUUAAAGACUUCUUGAUCUUGAAGGGGCCAUGCCCAAAUUGUGGAGUUGAAAACCUCUCUUUCUUUGGGACUAUACUUUCAAUCCCUAGUGGCGGCACUGAAAAUACUGUGAAAUGCUCGAACUGUGGUACUGCAAUGUUGUAUGACUCCAGAGUACGCUUGAUCACUCUUCCAGAGCCAAUUUAAACAAAAGAAAGAAGAUCGCAUCUUCGCCAGCCUCAGUCUAAUUGAAAUAUAAACUGAACAUCAACCUAAAUCCCCUUUGUUUGCCUGUACAACAUUAGUUUAAUCGGCUGUUUUGAACAUCAGAGAAAUCGAGUAAUUAUCAAACGUAUCUUCUCCUGAAGCUUGACUUUCGUGUUUAUGUACAUAUAUGCUUCAUCAUAGCUUUUAUCUGCUUCUCGAUUGUAAUUGAAACAUGUCAGAUAUUAGCUGCUUUCGCUUGUAAUUGGUCAUAUUGUUCAAUAUUUAUAUGAUACUUGCUUUGGCUUGACUUGGCUUGAU